AUGGUAGCGAUUAUAAAUGCUAUCGUAGUGCCUUUGCUCUUCUCAAUCGUCGUCGGUGUUGUAGAUUUCCAAAAAGAGUGCGCUUUGGAGUUGCCUUCAAACGGAUGGCACGAUAUUUACUGUGAUGUUAUACCGUAUAAAGUCGACUUAAGUCACAUCAGCGAAAUGACUAAUUUGGACGUAUCGCAAAACAAUUUAAAUGCCAUUUAUAUAGCUAGUGAUAAAAAUCUAACAUUAUCGACACUUGAUUUGUCUAAAAAUAACAUACUAAAUUCUUGCAACGUACUCACCAGUAGUACGGUAAGGGUUCGUUCAACUAUCUUGUCUUUCAAUAAGAUAAACAAUUUCUCUAUGUGUUUGGACACGGCGAAUCUUACAUUAAGUUGGAAUCACAUUAAGUCGUUGAAUAAAGCCGAUAUGGUGAACGUGUCAUCAUUAGAAAUAUUGGACCUUGGAUAUAAUUUUAUAUUAUGGAUUGAAAACGAUACGUUUGUCGGGAUGCCGAAUCUACAAUGGUUGAACUUAAAAGGUAACGCGUUAACAAUGAUAUCGGAAAAGACGUUGCCAAGUACUACUUUGCUGUACUUAGAUGUUUCGGAAAACUAUGACCUUGAUCGGUCGACAGUAUUUGAGCCGUUUGAGAAUCUCGUCGAACUCAAUAUUGCCAGAAACGUGAAACUGGCGCCCGUUGUUUUAGGUUCUGGUCCAAGGCUUCAGGCGUUAGACGCUUCACAUACGAAUCUUACCGAAAUCCCGGUGACGCCGGCUCCGCUUUUGGGCUCGCUCAUUUUGAGUGGUAAUAUGAUAAGGGUGGUGAACAGUGGUGAUCUAGAUGGAUUUCCUUUACUCCAUUUUCUUAACAUUAGUGGUAAUCGAAUUAAAACAGUCGAAGACGACGCGUUUGGUCGGCUCGAUUUAUUGACCGUACUGGACCUAUGCGGUAACAUGUUGGAAACGGUACCGAAAAGUUUACCAGGGAGUUUAGAGACAUUAAAUUUAGAAGAUAAUAAAAUACAAUACUUGGAAAUCGAAGAUUUUGAUGGUUGUAAACGACUAAAAACGUUAAAUGUCCGGAAAAACAAUAUUCGGCAUAUACAAGAUUUAACUUUUGCGUCGUUGGUGUUUCUUGACGUUUUGGAUAUAUCCGAAAAUCCGAUUAAAAUGAUUACUAGAGAAAUGUUAACGGGUCCAGUAAGAUUAAAAGUUUUGAAGCUGGAGUCGCUAGCAGCACCGGAAACGCCAACGUUUCCAUUUACUGACACUCGUUAUUUGAACCGAAUUCAAUUAGCGCACAGCAAACAUCUUGCUGCAAUUUUAUUGAACGACAGUGCCGUAUUGUCGUCAAUGUUUCAGCUCGACUAUUUAGAUUUGACGGGCUGUGCUGUGUAUUCAUUGCCCACUCGUUUACCGUACUAUAUGCCCAAAAUGAAAACAUUGAUAGUGCAGGAACUCAAGUGUUUUUGCUCGUGGCUCAAAGACUGGCUGUGCGAGAUUCACGCAUCUGCUAAAGAAUAUCGACAUCCCCGGACAAACCAGACAGAACUCCGAUUGAGGAAUUUCCGACAAAAGAAAUUACAAUCAUCGGUGGAAAGUGUGCAAUGUACACGAGGUAAUGGCAAGAUACAACAAGUGUUCGAUGUGAAACAUUGUGCCACGAUCGUUACGACUUCGACUUAUCGCAUUACCAUAAACACAAAUACUACGGAAUAUGCAGCAGUAUUUGCGCGACUGAGAGCAAAAGACCUACCGAAAAAUACGCACGCCGUGGUUGAACCCACUCAUCCUGGUAUGAUAGUGUUCGUGUGCGUUGUGUUUCUGUUGGUAAUUUUGGCAUGUGGUACUGUUUGGAUUGGAAUAAGGGGAGAUGCACUCAAGAGAUUACAAUGGAGGCAAAACUCGGCGGACGUGGACUACCAAACUAUAGAAAUAAAGAGCUUAGAAAGUUUAAAUCACGUUGAAAGGUGGUGA